UGUAGAUACGUUUAUAUGCAGCAACAGGGGUAGGUAGGUGAACUGGAAAAGUGGAUGUGAGGUGUACGUUAGUUGACAGUUACUCUUUUAAGAGUUAAAACCAAUGUUGCUGACUCAAAUCAAAGUGUUUUAUAGGGAACGUCUGUCUUUUAGCACGAGAACUGAGAGACGACUUCUUUGAACAACAAGAUGGUUUCAGACAAGUGUGAAGAUGAAGAUGAAGCUGAAGCUAAGGUUGAGCCCCACCCCAGUAUAAGUCUUCCAGAGAUGGUGCUGGCUUCAUCUCUGACGUCAUUACCGCACGCGGUACAGAGCAACACAGAGCAAAUGAGGAAAACGGCACGUGAUUCUAGCCAUUGUGAUGACGUAGACAAGGGGUGGGCGUGGGUUGUCAUGGCAGCAGGGUCAUUGUCUAUAUUCCUGACAAAUGGCAUGUCCUACAGCGUCGGGGUGAUGUAUCUACCAAUGCUAGAAACGUUCAAAGAGGGCGAGGCCACCACUUCUAUGGUGGGCUCGGUAUUCAUGGGGCUCUCCAUGCUAACAGGUGUAUUUGCCAGCAUCCUCUGUGACAAGUUUGACUGCCGCAAGACAUGUAUUCUAGGCGGGUUUCUGUUCGCUGCGGGGAUGACCUGCAGCACGUUUGGCACCAGUUGUACCUAUCUCGUCAUAACAUUUGGAAUUAUUGCGGGCACAGGGAUGACCUUUGCCUAUACGUCCGUUCACAUCUGCGUGUCCCAUUACUUCAACCGACGACGGCCAUUUGCACUCUCGGCUCUCCAUACUGGCGGUAGCAUCGGGCAGAUCGUCUUUGGGCCUCUCACACACGUGUUUAUUGAUAUCUACACGUGGAGAGGGGCGUGUCUGUUACUAGGGGCAAUCAGCUUGCAUCUGGUGGUAGCAGGUGCUCUGCUAAGACCUCACCGGAACGAGUAUCUUCACAAAGAACGCAAAAGGGCGUCAAUACUGGACUUCGGACUUUUUAAAAACAUUCCCUUUGACUUGUUCCUGGCAACAGUACUUUUCAUGUGCGUUGCCUUUGGGAUGGUGUAUCUUCAUUUCCCCGCGUAUUCAGUUUAUAACGGUACUUCGGAACAUAUGGCGGCCAUGUUGUUAUCCGUCAUAGGGAUAACGAGUAUGUGCUUAAAACUUUUAGUAGGUGGCGCCAUGAGCCACGACUCUGUGGAUAUCUGGACUGUUUUUACCAUAUGCAAUACAAUCACAGGGCUACUGACUGUGUUUUCGCCAGCUUUCAUGAAGGGUUUCUCCGGACAGUUGGCCUUUGCGGUCUUAUUUGGGAUGUACACCGCACCUUUUGUGAUUUGUACGAAUUCCCUUGCGGCUCUGUACGCGGAAACUAGCCAACUUGGGUUUGCCAUGGGCCUCUUGGCAUUUGCUUCUGGUAUAGGAUUGUUCGUCGGACCAGUAAUAGCAGGCGUUGUAUACGGCAGGACAGCUUCGUACGCCCCAGCAGUGCAACUGGCGGGUAGCUGUCUGCUGGCUAACACCGUGCUGAUGUUUCUGGCAGCGAUAUUUUCACAGUUAAGGGCGUCAAAGAAAGAUCUGCAAUCCCCUGAGAGCAACAUGGAUGCAGAGGACGAACAAACAUAAGAAAGCCACCUUAUUUCUUUUCAUCAGUUAACCCAAGGGCACACUGAUUAAAUUUCAUGGAUUAUAUCGCCUAUUGAUUUUCGCUUGUUUUAAAAUAAUCAUAAUAAUAAUAAUGCCCUCGGAUCUCUGGUACUGGCUGCUGUCACUGUUUUUGUCUAUUCAGAAUGCGGCAAAAACUUAGGUUGGUGCAAAGCUCGAUUAUCUUCU